CGGCGCGAGAUCAGGCGCUCCGCAAAGAGCGAAGAGGGCGCUUGAGGAGCGUUGGACUUUUCUUACCGGUCGCCUGGUGAGGUGAGUGAUGACUGUGCUCCCGGUUGGGGAGGAACUGCGGCCAGUGGGUGGGGAGCAGCCGAUUCCCUGGAGGGGUAUCCCUGAGGGGGCAGUCAAAAGAAAGUUCUCCAGGAUAGAGAGAGCAGCCUGAAGCUGGGAUGGCAACAGCACUGAUGAGCGCUCAUUCCCCAGCUCCUCUAAACCUGAAGAAGGAGGGGCUUCAGGUGGUGAAGGAGGAUCACGGCUCUACUCAGGAACAGGGAGUCAAGCCGCAAGGAGACGGCACAGGCCUCAGACCAGAGCCGUUGUGCACACAGUUCAGGCAGCUGCGCUAUGAAGAGACCGCAGGACCUCGAGAAGCGCUGAGCCGGCUCCGGGAACUUUGCCGACAGUGGCUGCAGCCCGAGACCCACACCAAGGAGCAGAUCCUGGAGCUGCUGGUGCUGGAGCAGUUCCUGACCAUCCUGCCUGAGGAGCUCCAGGUCCGGGUGCGGGAGCGUCACCCGGAGAGCGGGGAAGACGUGGUGGUUGUCCUGGAGGAUUUGCAGCCGGAGCUGGGAGGAACAGGACAACGGAUGGACUCAAACCAGACAAAGAAACAGAAACUACUUGUGGAGGAGACAGCCCCUCUGAGAGCAGCGCGGGAGCAGCAGGUCCAACCCGAGGGUGAAGGUCCAAAGCCUGACAGAGAGGAGGGUGAGGAGACCAGGAUUGAGAAUGAGAAGCUGGUUGUAGAGACAGACUCCCGUGGAAGAGUGGAAUCAUCUGAGAAAAUAUCUGAACCCAUAGAGGCUCAUUACAGGGACUCUAACUUGGAUAGGCAGCUAGCCCAGCCCAAAGAGAAGACUGACUAUAAGUGCUCAGAAUGUGGGGAGGGGUUCAUCCAGCACUCAGAUCUGAUUAAGCAUGAAGGUUCGCACACAGGAGAAGAACUCUGUGCAUCUGAGGUGUGUCAGAGUUCUAGUCUUACUGGACAUCAGAAAGUCCGCUCCAGAGAGAAAGGUCAUCAGUGUCACGAGUGUGGGAAAGCCUUUCAGAGAAGUUCACACCUUAUCAGACAUCAGAAAAUCCAUCUUGGUGAGAAGCCUUAUCAGUGCAAGGAGUGUGGAAAAGUCUUUAGCCAGAAUGCAGGCCUUUUGGAACAUCUCAGAAUCCACACUGGAGAGAAACCUUAUCUGUGCAUCCACUGUGGAAAGAACUUUCGGCGCAGCUCUCACCUUAAUCGACACCAGAGAAUCCACAGUCAGGAGGAGCCCUGUGAGUGCAAAGAGUGUGGAAAGACCUUUAGUCAGGCCCUUCUCCUCACCCACCAUCAGAGAAUCCACAGCCACUCCAAAAGCCAUCAGUGUAAUGAGUGUGGGAAAGCCUUCAGUCUGACCUCAGACCUUAUUCGGCACCACAGGAUUCACACUGGAGAAAAACCUUUCAAGUGUACUAUAUGCCAGAAAGCCUUCCGACUAAACUCACACCUCGCUCAGCAUGUGAGAAUCCACAAUGAGGAAAAACCCUACGAAUGUAAUGAGUGUGGAGAAGCCUUCAGGCAGAGGUCAGGUCUUUUUCAACAUCAGAGAUAUCACCACAAAGACAAACUGGCUUCAUGAGGUGUCCUCUCCUUAUGAAAUACCAGAGACAGUACAUUUGCAAGCAAGCAGAACUUCAGGAAAAGUCACUGUAGCCAGCUCUGGCAGAGGAUUCUUGGGGCCAAGUUGGAGGCUAUCUACCUCCAUUCUCCCUCCUUUGUUUUCCUUUUAGUCAGCUUUGGAUCACAAUAAUUUGACCCCAGAUGGUGACUGUGGGGUCAAAGGUAAACAACAGUCUUUACUGCAGGACUUCUCAGAGCCUUUAACAUGGUAAAUGCAUAGUCACGCAUCUCCAAGUCGUAGAGAGCCUCAUGAUGGAGUGAGGGAUUUUUAGUCAGCGGCACAUCAAGUGUCCACAGAUUUACAGGCUUAAUCAGAAGGGCAGGUUGAUAAUUUUACAUUUGCUACAGACUCCUACACAGCAAAACUAAUGAUGUUUGGAAAUACAUCACACUCAGAGAUGUCUUAAAGUACAGGUAAAUGGUGAACAUUCUCCCCCGCUGGCUUUACUAACCACCCCCCACCCCCACCAUUAUCCCCACCUUUCCCAUCCCCAAUCAGUAGAAGCAUUUUGGAAAGCAAAGAUAAUCUAAUUUUACCAUUUCCCAGCCCUAUCCCUGCCAUAAUACCUCAUUGAUCCAAGUUAGAAAUUAAGAUUUUUCUUUAGACUAUAGAAGAGAUUUCAUAAGUCAUUUGAAUGAACUGGGCUGAAUUAAUCCAAGCAGCGACUGCCUUACUUGAUAUAUCCAGUGUUAGUAUAGUGGCUGCUGCAUAGACACUAUUCAGUAAAUGCCUGGGGCAAGAGUUUGGACUUUUCUUCCUUUAAUACUGAUGAUGUAAUUUUAAAAUGCUGCUUAUUCUGGAAUUUUGAAAGUCGAGUAGUAAAGUUAGCUUGGAGGAAA